AUGUCUUCAAACUCGAGCUGCUUAGGGGUCCUCAGCAUGGACUUCCCAAGUGCAGAGACCAUCACAAAAAUUACUCAUCUCAAACCCUGUGACUGCGGUCAAAGAAGAGGAACCAAGACUGAAGAUAUGCAAAAACAUGCUGUUUCACCAGGAGAUAAAUUAGAACCUACAACUUCACCAGGAGAAGAAUCAGAACCAACAGCUUCAACAAGAGAGGAACCAGAACCAUUUCCUUUAUCAGGAAAACAAGAACCAACUGCUUCGAUGGGAGUAGAACAAGAACCAACCGCUUCCCCAGAGGAAGAACCAAAACCAACGUAUUCCACACGACAAAAAUCAGAACCAACUUAUUCCACAGGAGAAAAAAGAGAACCAGCGGAUUUACCAGGACAACAAUCAGAACCAGAAAUUACUAAUUCACCUGAAGAAAAACUAGAACCAGGUGCUUCAUCAGGAGAAGAACUGGAGGGAACUGCUUUACCUGAACAAGAACCAGGACAAGAACCAACUGCUCCACCAGGACUAGAACCAGAACCAAUUGGGUUCCCAGGGGUAGACCAGAAAGACGAAGAAGAACCAGAACCAACUGCUUCACAAGAACAACUAGAACCAACUGCUUCACUUGGAGAGGAAACAGAAGCUGGAGAGGAACCACAUUUAAUUGCUUCACCAGGAGUUGAAACUGAAGGAGGAAAAGAACCAGAACAAAUUGCUUCUGCAACAGAAAAACCGGAACAAACGGAGUCACUGGAAGAACCAGAACCAACUUCUUUACCAGGAAUAGAACCAGAAGCAACUGCUCCAGAAGAGGUAGAACCAGAAGCAAGAGAAAAACCAGAACCAUCUGCUUUACCAGAAGAACCAAAACCAAGUGCAUCAACCUUAGAAGAACCAGGAGAAAAAACUUUACCAGGAGAAGAACCAGAACCAACUGCUUCAACAGAAGAACAACAACAAGACUCUGCUCCAAAAGAACAGGAACCAGGACAAGAAAUAAGUGCAUCCCCAGGUGUAGAACCAGAAGCAGGAAUAGAAACAGAACCAACUCCUAUACCAGAAGAACCAAAACCAAGUGAUUCACCACAAAAAACAGAGCCAAGUGCUUCACCAGGAGAACAACCAGAAGACUCUGCUCAAAAAGAACAGGAAACAGGACCAGAACCAACUGCUUCACAAGGAGUAGAAGCAGAAGCAGGAGAAGAACCAGAACCAACAGUUUCACCAGAAGAACCAGAAAAAGGUGCUGCAACAGGAGAAGAACCAGAACCAUCUGCUCCAAAAGAAAUAGAAAAUGGACCAGAAUCAACUGCUUCACCAGAAGUGGAAACAGAAGCAGGAGAAGAACCAGAAACAUCUGCUCCAAAAGAACAGGAACAAGGACCAGAACCAACUGUUUCACCUGAAGAACCAGAAAAAGGUGCUUCAACAGGAGAAGAACCAGAACCAUCUGCUCCAAAAGAAAUAGAAAAUGGACCAGAAUCAAAUGAUUCACCAGGAGUAGAGACAGAAGCAGUAGAAGAACAAGAACCAAAUGCUAUGGCAGAAAAAGAACCAGAACCAGGUGCUUCAACAGGAGAAGAACAAAAAGAAUCUGCUCCAAAAGAACAGGAAGCAGGACCAGAACCAAGUGCUUCACCAGGAGUAGAAACAGAAUCAGAAGAAAAACCAGAACCAACUGCUUCACCAGGAGAAGAACAAGAGGACUCUGCUCCAAAAGAACAGGAACCAGGACAAGAACCAAGUGCUUCUCCAGGUGUAGAACUAGAAGGAGGAAUAGAACCAGAACCAACUCCUAUACCCGAAGAACCAGAAAAAAGUGAUUCAACAGAAGGACCAGAACCAAGUGCUUCACCAGGAGAACAACCAGAAGACUCUGCUCCAAAAGAACAGGAACCAGGACAAGAACCCAGGGCUUCUCCAGGUGUAGAACUAGAAGGAGGAAUAGAACCAGAACCAACUCCUAUACCCGAAGAACCAGAAAAAAGUGAUUCAACAGAAGGACCAGAACCAAGUGCUUCAAAUGGAGAACAACCAGAAGACUCCGCUCCAAAAGAACAGGAAGAAGGUCCAGAACCAAGUUCGUCACAAGGAGUAGAAACAGGAGCAGGAGAAGAACCACAACAAACUGCUUCACCAAGAGAAGAACCAGAACCAGGUGCUUCACCAGGAGAACAACAAGAAGACUCUGCUCCAAAAGAACAGGAACCAGGACAAGAACCAAGUGCUUCCCCAGGUGUAGAACCAGAAGAAGGAAUAGAACCAGAACCAACUCCUAUACCAGAGGAACCAGAAAAAAGUGAUUCAACAGAAGGACCAGAACCAAGUGCUUCACAAGGAGUAGAAAAAGAAGCAGGAGAAGAACCAGAACCAACUGUUUCACCUGAAGAACCAGAAAAAGGUGCUUCAACAGGAGAAGAACCAGAACCAUCUGCUCCAAAAGAACAGGAAAAUGGACCAGAAUCAACUGCUUCACCAGGAGUAGAGACAGAAGCAGUAGAAGAACACGACCCAAAUGCUACGCCAGAAAAAGAACCAGAACCAGGUGCUUCAACAGGAGAAGAACAAGAAGACUCUGCUCAAAAAGAACAGGAAGCAGGACCAGAACCAAGUCCUUCACCAGAAGUAGAAACAGAAUCAGAAGAAAAACCAGAACCAACUGCUUCGACAGGAGCAGAACAAGAGGACUCUGCUCCAAAAGAACAGGAACCAGGACAAGAACCAAGUGCUUCCCCAGGUGCAGAACUAGAAGGAGGAAUAGAACCAGAACCAACUCCUAUACCAGAAGAACCAGAAAAAAGUGAUUCACCAGAAGGACCAGAACCAAGUGCUUCAACAGGAGAACAACCAGAAGACUCCGCUCCAAAAGAACAGGAAGAAGGUCCAGAACCAAGUUCGUCACCAGGAGUAGAAGCAGAAGCAGGGGAAGAACCAGAACCAACUGCUUCACCCAGAGAAGAACCAGAACCAGGUGCUUCACCAGGAGAACAACAAGAAGACUCUGCUCCAAAAGAACAGGAACCAGGACAAGAACCAAGUGCUUCCCCAGGUGUAGAACUAGAAGGAGGAAUAGAACCAGAACCAACUCCUAUACCAGAAGAACCAGAAAAAAGUGAUUCAACAGAAGGACCAGAACCAAGUGCUUCAAAUGGAGAACAACCAGAAGACUCUGCUCAAAAAGGACAGGAAGAAGGUCCAGAACCAAGUUCGUCUCCAGGAGAACAACCAGAACCAACUGUUUCACCAGAAGAACCAGAAAAAGGUGCUUCAACAGGAGAAGAACCAGAACCAUCUGCUCCAAAAGAACAGGAAAAUGGACCAGAAUCAACUGCUUCACCAGGAGUAGAGACAGAAGCAGUAGAAGAACACGACCCAAAUGCUACGCCAGAAAAAGAACCAGAACCAGGUGCUUCAACAGGAGAAGAACAAGAGGACUCUGCUCAAAAAGAACAGGAAGAAGGUCCAGAACCAAGUUCGUCUCCAGGAGAACAACCAGAACCAACUGUUUCACCAGAAGAACCAGAAAAAGGUGCUUCAACAGGAGAAGAACCAGAACCAUCUGCUCCAAAAGAACAGGAAAAUGGACCAGAAUCAACUGCUUCACCAGGAGUAGAGACAGAAGCAGUAGAAGAACACGACCCAAAUGCUACGCCAGAAAAAGAACCAGAACCAGGUGCUUCAACAGGAGAAGAACAAGAAGACUCUGCUCCAAAAGAACAGGAAGCAGGACCAGAACCAAGUCCUUCUCCAGGAGCAGAAAAAGAAGCAGAAGAAGAACCAGAACCAACUCCUUCACCAGAAGAACCAGAAAUAAGUGAUUCACCAGAAGGACCAGAACCAAGUACUUCACAAGGACUAGAACAAGACGACUCUGCUCCAAAAGAACAGGAACCAGGAUUAGAACCAAGUGCUUCCCCAGGUGUAGAACCAGAAGUAGGAAUAGAACCAGAACCAACUCCUAUACCAGAAGAACCAGAAAAAAGUGAUUCAACAGAAGGACCAGAACCAACUGCUUCACAAGGAGUAGAAAAAGAAGCAGGAGAAGAACCAGAACCAACUGUUUCACCAGAAGAACCAACUGCUUCAACAGGAGAAGAACCAGAACCAUCUGCUCCAAAAGAACAGGAAAAUGGACCAGAAUCAACUGCUUCACCAGGAGUAGAGACAGAAGCAGUAGAAGAACACGACCCAAAUGCUACGCCAGAAAAAGAACCAGAACCAGGUGCUUCAACAGGAGAAGAACAAGAGGACUCUGCUCAAAAAGAACAGGAAGAAGGUCCAGAACCAAGUUCGUCUCCAGGAGAACAACCAGAACCAACUGUUUCACCUGAAGAACCAGAAAAAGGUGCUUCAACAGGAGAAGAACCAGAACCAUCUGCUCCAAAAGAACAAGAAAAUGGACCAGAAUCAACUGCUUCACCAGAAGUAGAGACAGAAGCAGUAGAAGAACACGACCCAAAUGCUACGCCAGAAAAAGAACCAGAACCAGGUGCUUCAACAGGAGAACAACCAGAAGACUCUGCUCCAAAAGAACAGGAACCAGGACAAGAACCCAGGGCUUCCCCAGGUGUAGAACUAGAAGGAGGAAUAGAACCAGAACCAACUCCUAUACCAGAAGAACCAGAAAAAAGUGAUUCAACAGAAGGACCAGAACCAAGUGCUUCAAAUGGAGAACAACCAGAAGACUCUGCUCAAAAAGGACAGGAAGAAGGUCCAGAACCAAGUUCGUCUCCAGGAGAACAACCAGAACCAACUGUUUCACCCGAAGAACCAGAAAAAGGUGCUUCAACAGGAGAAGAACCAGAACCAUCUGCUCCAAAAGAACAAGAAAAUGGACCAGAAUCAACUGCUUCACCAGGAGUAGAGACAGAAGCAGUAGAAGAACAGGAACCCAAUGCUACGCCAGAAAAAGAACCAGAACCAGGUGCUUCAAGAGGAGAAGAACAAGAAGACUCUGCUCCAAAAGAACAGGAAGCAGGACCAGAACCAAGUCCUUCUCCAGGAGUAGAAACAGAAUCAGAAGAAAAACCAGAACCAACUGCUUCACCAGGAGAAGAACCAGAGGACUCUGCUCCAAAAGAACAGGAACCAGGACAAGAACCAAGUGCUUCCCCAGGUGUAGAAAUAGAAGGAGGAAUAGAACCAGAACCAACUCCUAUACCAGAAGAACCAGAAAAAGGUGCUUCAACAGCAGAAGAACCAGAACCAUCUGCUCCAAAAGAACAGGAAAAUGGACCAGAAUCAACUGCUUCACCAGGAGUAGAGACAGAAACAGUAGAAGAACACGACCCAAAUGCUACGCCAGAAAAAGAACCAGAACCAGGUGCUUCAACAGGAGAACAACCAGAAGACUCUGCUCCAAAAGAACAGGAAGCAGGACCAGAACCAAGUCCUUUACCAGGAGCAGAAAAAGAACCAGAACCAAGUGCUUCACCAGGAGAACAACAAGAAGACUCCGCUCCAAAAGAACAGGAACCAGGACAAGAACCAACUGCUUCACAAGGAGCAGAAGCAGAACCAACUGUUUCACCCGAAGAACCAGAAAAAGGUGCUUCAACAGGAGAAGAACCAGAACCAUCUGCUCCAAAAGAACAGGAAAAUGGACCAGAAUCAACUGCUUUACCAGGAGUAGAGACAGAAGCAGUAGAAGAACAUGACCCAAAUGCUACGCCAGAAAAAGAACCAGAACCAGGUGCUUCAACAGGAGAAAAACCAGAAGACUCUGCUCCAAAAGAACAGGAAGCAGGACCAGAACCAAGUCCUUCACCAGGAGUAGGAACAGGAGCUGGAGAACCAGAACCAGAACCAAGUGCUUCACCAGGAGAAGAACAAGAAGUAUCUGCUCCAAAAGAACAGGAACCAGGACCAGAGCCAACUGCUUCACCAGGAGAAGAACAAGAACCACCUUCUAUACCUGGAAUAGAAACCCAACCAACUGCUUUAACGGGAGAAGAACCAGAACCAAAUGAUUUGCCAGAAGAAGAAUCAAGACCGACUGCUUCUGCGAGAGGAACUGAACCUGUACUUCCAACCAACACUGAACCAGUGUCUAUAGCUGAUGAAGUACUAAGAACUGGACUAAUUCAUCCUGCAGGAACAGAUUCAGCGUCUGAGCAAGACAAGGAACUAAAUGGUGAAGCGGCUUCGGACCUGGCACCAGGAUUACACAUAACAAACAAAGAUGAGAGUCCAGAAUCUGAGUCAGUUGACCUUAGCCACCAAAUACAUCCACCUACAGAACCACAUUCAGAACCACCGGCAGCCCAGUACCACCCUGCUGCCCUACACGUUCUUCCUUUCAAAAUAAAGCAGCAGCCUGUGCUGCGGUGGAGACAACGGAAAUGUAAUCGAGGGUAAAUGAAGAAGAAUUAUAUCAAAUUACUAAACAUUUGGGUAAAAUAAAAAUUGUCUUUUGGUGGUGAAAAA